CGCGUGUACAUCGAGACGUACGGAUGCCAGAUGAACGUCUCGGACUCGGACGUCGUGCGGAGCGUUCUGCGAGCGCACGGCGUGGCGACGACGGAGGACCUGCGCGAGGCGACGGCGGCGCUGGUGAACACGUGCGCGGUGCGCGACAACGCGGAGUCGCGCGUGUGGACGCGAUUGCGGCAGUUGAAGGCGCUGAAGCGAGACGCGGGACAUGCGUUGACGACGGUCGGCGUCUUGGGGUGCAUGGCGGAGCGAUUGAAGGCGAAAUUACUGGAGACGGAGGAUUUGGCGGAUUUGGUGUGCGGGCCGGAUGCGUACAGGGACGUGCCGAGGCUGUUGGAAAAUUCGACUCGACGGUUGAGCGAUUUGAGCGAGGAACACCGGAUGAACGUGCUGUUGUCGUUGGAUGAGACGUACGCGGACGUGCGACCGGUGCGGAGAGACGUGGGGUCGCCGAUGGCGUACGUUUCGGUGAUGCGAGGAUGCGAUAACAUGUGCGCGUUUUGCGUGGUGCCGUUUACGCGAGGACGGGAGCGAAGUCGACCUUUCGAAUCCGUCGUCGACGAAGCGCGCGGGCUGAUCGCGGAGGGCGUGAAGGAAAUCACUUUGCUGGGUCAAAACGUGAACUCAUACGCGGACGCGCCGAUGAAGGCGACGACGUCGGCGGACGACGACCCGUUCGCGGCGUACGCGAAAGGAUUCAAAUCGGUGUACAAGCCAAAGCGCGAGGGCGCGCGCACGUUCGCGGACCUCAUCUCCGCCGUCGCGGGCUUGGACCAGGAGGUACGCGUGCGGUUCACGUCGCCGCAUCCGAAAGAUUUCCCAGACGAUUUAUUACGCGUCAUCGCUCAGACGCCAAACGUUUGCAAGCAAUUGCACAUGCCCGCGCAGAGCGGAUCGACCUCGACUUUGGAGCGCAUGCGACGCGGAUACACGCGAGAGGUGUACUUGGAUUUAAUCAAGCGCGCGCGCGAGAUGAUUCCGGGUGUCGCGCUCUCGAGCGAUUUCAUCAGCGGCUUUUGCGGUGAAACGGAGGACGAGCACGCGGAGACGCUCUCGCUGCUCGAAGACGUUCGCUAUGAGCAGGCGUUCAUGUUUCACUAUUCAUUGCGCGAGAAGACGCACGCGGCCAGAAAUUUGGAAGACGACGUUCCAGAACAUGUGAAAAAACGGAGGCUUGCGGAAGUUAUCGCGACGUUCCGUCGUCGCGCGCUCGAGGCGAACGCCGCGGAAGUCGGUCGGACGCACUUGGUGCUCGUCGAAGGCGCGAGCAAAAAGGAUCCCGAGGCGCAGAUGAGCGGGCGAUCGGACACCGGCAAGCGCGUCGUCAUACAAGGUAAGCGCGCGUUUAGUAAUUCUAGCGGAAAGGAGGUGGACAUUAAAGCGGGAGAUUACGUGGUGGCUAGAGUGGUCGAAGCCGGCGCGUCGACGCUUCUCGCGACGCCAUCGGAGAUCACGACGGCUCGCGCGUUUUAC